GGGCACGGUGAAGACUACUCGGCGGAGCUGAAAAAUGGCGAUGGCACCCUGAGCGCGAGCAAACUAAUUGGAGGCGGUGGCCGGUGCGAGCGAGCACAGCACACGCGGCGAGAGAAGCGGCGGCGGCGGCGGCGGCGGCGAGAUUCAAGGUGGUGGGGUCCAGCCGGCUAGGCUCAGCCCCUGAGGAACGCGUGGCUCUCGAGGGUGGGAGAAGAUCUAAGCGAGCCGCCGCUUGAGUGUGUCGCGGCCGCGGUGUGUGUGCGCGCGCGAGUGUGUGACAGACAGACGGCUGCGGACAGGUGAGAACGCCAGGCGGCCGCCUCAUGAUUGAUCGGCGAUGCCGCGUCCGAGCCGAGAGUCGUACGGCGACCAGAAGCCGCCCUACUCGUACAUCUCGCUGACGGCCAUGGCCAUAUGGAGCUCGCCGGAGAAGAUGCUGCCGCUGUCCGACAUCUACCGCUUCAUCAUGGACCGCUUCCCGUACUACCGCAAGAACACGCAGCGCUGGCAGAAUUCGCUGCGGCACAACCUGUCCUUCAACGACUGCUUCAUCAAGAUCCCACGGCGGCCGGACAGGCCCGGCAAGGGCGCCUACUGGGCGCUGCACCCCUCCGCGCUCGACAUGUUCGAGAACGGCAGCUUCCUCCGACGCCGCAAGCGUUUCAAGCUCAAGCCCAAGGACAUGGCGUCGACCGCGGUGUCACAGGUGGUGCCGCCCCCGCCGCCUCCGCCGCCCAAGACCACCCCCGGCAGCAGCUGGAAGAACAACUUCAGCAUCGAGAACAUUAUUUCGGCAUCGCCAUCGCCUCCGGAGGCAUCAGCGCUGCAGCCCCCGGUGGCCAUGCCGCAGCCCAUGCUGCCCCCGAGCUUCUUCUGCCACCAGCAGUUCCUACAGCCGCUGCUCGCCUUCCACCCGGCCCUGAUGGCCUUCUCCGCGGCCGCUGCGGCCGCCUUCUCCGCGCCGGGCAUGCACAUGCCGCUAAGGCCGCAGCCGCUGGCCCUGCCGCCCCCGCUCUUCGGGCACGGCAUGCUGCCGUACACGCCGCCCCAGCUGCUGCCGCCCCCGCGCAGGCCGGCCGCCGCCGCCGACGAGGAGGACGCGGUCUCGUCCGCCUCGUCCGACGCCUCCCUCGGCAGCAAGUCUUUGGAGCCCGACGAGACGUGACCAACCGGACACAGUUUCUGUAGGUGAAGUGACGAUAUAUACCAGACAAUUUUAACUCUCGCUUGUGAUCUCUUGUUGCCUGCUGUGAAAUUUUGAAUAAUCGACUCCUGAAUUCGCGCGGAAAACCUUUAUAGAAAUGAAUAUUCAACAUAAUCGAUCGUAUAUGAGAUCAACCAAAGAACCCCAGAUUAAUCGUUUUUAAAUGUUCGCCAAAGAUUUGUUAAUUCCCGCACGAACAAGUUGGUGCUUACAGUUUCUUCAGCUCGUGCAAAACAAAAAAUUAAUUUGUUAUCAGUAAAUCACAUUUGAUAAUAACCGUCAUUGUUACAUAAUUUUCUGAUCAAAUGUAAAUAGUUUAAUAUUUAUUCAAGAUAGUAUCGUGAAAAGGAUUUUUGUAAAAUUAUAAUAGCACUGCUAACUUAUCAAAAAAAUCGCCCAAUGACACUUUUUAUACUUUUUGAAGCUGUGCAUGCAAGUUCUAUUGAAGCAAAGUGAUAAAACUGACACGGUUGAUAAAAAGCAAUAUGUGACUUUUGAGCAGUGGAAAUUAAAAACAAAUAAGCUGUUAUUACUUCGCUGACAAUCUGCGCGUAUUUGAUAAGAAUGGCAUCCACUGAUUCGGUUCUUUUUUCGAUCAGCUGUAAUGAGAACUGUUAGAUUACACUCCUUAUUUAUUAGUGUACAUAAUACUGCCGAAAAUUGCGUGCGUUGUUAUAACUGCUGGGCGCCUGUGCAAAACAAUAAAAAUAUGAUUGAAAAGAUA